AAAAGGAAGAAGAUGAAUUCCUGAAUUCAACAUAUAAAGAAAAAGCUGGUAAAGAGAUGAUUCAGAGCAUUAGGGAGAAGAAACUCCGAGAUCAAGAGACGUCUUCGGAUAAUAAGUCACAAUCUAGUAAAAAUAAAGCUCAGAAAUUUAUGUCAGAAGUUUCUAAAAGCUCUAGUUUGCAGUUACAUUAUACUGGUUCUAUUAGUAAUGGUAAUGCAGACAGAGAUGUGAUAUCUACAACCUUGAAUGAAACAGAAGAGUCAAAGACUCCAUGCUUCGCAUCAUAUUAA